GAAGCCGCGAGCUGAGUUAACUUGUGGCGGGCCUGACGGUUCUGCAGCUUGAAGUUUUAGUCGUGGUGGAGGCAGCUGUUGGGAAACGACAAGAUGUCAUUUGUCCGAGUGAACCGUUAUGGUCCCCGUGGAGGAGGAAGGAAAACACUGAAAGUAAAGAAGAAAACAUCUGUGAAGCAAGAAUGGGAUAACACUGUGACUGAUCUGACAGUUCAUCGGGCAACUCCUGAAGAUCUGAUCCGUCGUCAUGAAAUACACAAAUCAAAGAAUAGAGCAUUGGUCCACUGGGAGCUCCAAGAGAAAGCUUUGAAGAGGAAAUGGAAGAAGCAGAAACCAGAAAUUUCUAAUCUUGAGAAAAGGAGAUUGUCUAUCAUGAAGGAGAUUCUUUCUGAUCAAUACCAGCUGCAGGAUGUAUUGGAAAAAUCUGAUCAUUUGAUGGCUACAACAAAAGAUCUAUUUGUUGAUUUUCCUCGCAGGCGCACAGGAUUUCCGAAUGUAACAAUGGCUCCGGAGUCCUCUCAAAGUCCCAUUGUGGUCAGUCAGGACCCUGUCACCCAGGCCAUCCGUAGCGAAUCUGUUAUAGAGCCUCAGGCUCUUAAUGAAGUAGAUGAUGAUGAACAAGAAGGAACUGUUAACAGCCAGUCAGAAGAAAGUGAGAAUGAGUUGGAUAACUCUCAAAUCUCUCAGUCAAAUGCAAAUGCAGGAACCAGGGUAUUCAGCACAGUAAACGAGAUAGUAGCCUUGGAGGAGUCCGUUUCCCUUGCAGAAGACAAAGCCUCUGAAAAGGAAUACAUCUGGAAAAGGCCUCCCUGUAGUGAGCAGUUUCUCCACCAAAUAAAGGAAGAAAAUUCUGAGUUAAUUAAUAAACUAUGGACUGAUAUUCAGCAGAAAGUAGCAACACAGUCACAAAUAACAGCCUCUUCAGGAACUCCAUCAUCUGCUUCUCCAUUAGGAGAACAAAAAGAUUCUUUUGGAAUUGUAGCUGCGUUGAAUGCUACCAAUGCUGUUAAGAGAAUCCAUACGAGGCUUCAACCUGAAGAAGCUACUGAGACUCUAGACUCAAGCUAUGUUGUGGGACAGGUGCUAAACUCAAGGAAGCAAAAACAGCUGCUAAAUAAAGUGAAAAGAAAACCAGAUUCACGUGCUCCUUCCAAACAGAAGAGUAGCGUGUUAUCAGCCAGCACAGCCUCCACAGACUUACCAAGUAGCAGUAACCCCAGCCUGGAUGUCCUUAAACACAUGAUACAUGAAGUGGAACAUGAAAUAGAAGAAUAUGAACGGUGGACAGGCCGCGAGGUCCAGGGACUCCAAAACAGUCAGGGUCUCACUGGCUUCACCCUGUCCCUCGUGAGCUCACUCUGUCGCCUAGUUCGGUACCUUAAAGAGAGUGAGCUCCAACUGCGUAAAGAAGUAGAGACAAGGCAGCAACUGGAACAAGCAUUAGGUGAUCAUCGAGAGCUCAUUGAUGCGCUGACAGCUGAAGUUCUUUUCCUUAGAGAAGAAAAUACUGCUACCCAGGCGAGACUUCAGCAGUACAUGAUCACAACAGAUGAGCAGCUUAUAUCACUCACACAUGCCAUUAAAAACUGUCCUGUGAUAAGUAACAAAGAAAGUCAGGCCUUAGAAAGCGGAGCCACAAGUCAGAGAAAUAUGGAUAAUCCAGAGGACCCAGCCGUAAAUGCUCGUGUAUCCGUGCCAUUGAUGUUCAGAGGAGAAGAUGUGGUUGAGUUCCCACAGGAAGAUUUGCCUGUCAAACUGUCUCAGGUGCCAAACCCUCCAGAAAGUGGGAACCUGGCCAGCAAUCUUCCAGGACAUAUAUUUGAGCCAGCAGUGUUGUUAACACCACCCAGGCAGAAGAGCAACUCAGAAUUCUCUCCUUUGCAGGACGUAUUGAGGAGGACUGUUCAAACUCGUCCUGCUCCACGAAUUCCUCCAACUGUGGAAAUAAUUGAAAAGGAACAAAAUUGGGAAAAGAAGACCUUACCUGUUGGCGCAGACAUUCAGAACUCGAAUGAUGAGAGUCACCUCUUCACUCAGAGGUGGAGGGCCUCUCACAUGGGAGAAGACUCACAGAGCAAAACCCAGGCUCCUUUUGUUAGCCUCUCACAGCCUCUCUGCAGUUCCCGGUCAAGCAUGCAGCAAUCGAGAAACCCCACACUCUCAGAAGAACCCCUGGUGCUGGGAGACGGGCAGCAGCUUAGAACAAAUGAGACAUUAAUACAGAGAAAGGACAUCAUGGCACGAAUUGCGGAGUUGACCCUGCAGAAUUCAGCUAUCAGGGCACAUCUGAAUAAUAUUAUUGGUCCAGGGGGAGAACAAGGGGACGGACUUCGGGAGUUUAACAGACAGGAGACAAGUCAUGCCAGUGACACGAUGGCUACUUUUCCAGCAGUGCAACCUCUGACACCAAGUAGCAUGGAGGAACGGAUUGCAGAAUUGAAUCGACAGAGUAUGGAGGCUCGUGGAAAACUCUUGCAGUUAAUAGAGCAGCAGAAGCUGAUUGGCUUGAAUCCUUCCUCUCCACCAGUAUCACCUGUGCAGUCACCUCUCAGAGCAUGGGCUGAGGGCGGAAAGAGGACAAUAGAGGUAUCUAUUCCAGGAGCAGAAGCCCCAGAAAGCUCAAAAUGUAGUACUGUCUCUCCUACUAGUGGGCUAAAUUCGAGAAGAUCUUCAGGGGCUGCUAGUAAUUCUUGUUCUCCUUUAAAUGCCACCUCGGGAAGUGGGCGCUUGACACCUCUUAAUCCAAGAGCAAAGAUUGAGAAACAAAAUGAAGAAGGCUGGUUUGCUCUUUCUACCCACGUGUCAUAAGUGAGGUCGAGUUGUAGAGUUUGUUUUCAGUAAUAUAUUCUUGAACUUCUACUCCCCUUUCCCUGCUUCUGCUUUCAAAUUUCUGUAUUUUUCUUUCAGAUAAAACUUAACAAAGAUCUUGUGAAUUAGCACUAACGGAACCAAGAAAUAGAGCAAUUAUUUUAAUUUCUGCCUUUUCAAAUAGAUGUCCGACAAAUAGCCUUGUAAAUAAAAUUUGACUAGAGGAAAAUGAAAAUUGCGUAUUCUAAUAAAUUCAAGGGCUUUUUCGGUAUUAUAUUUUUAUCUUUAUCAUCUUUAUUCAGAAUGUUUUGGUCUAGUAUAUCUUAAAUGUUAUUUUUUUCUGAAGAACUAAGUUGGUUUUCAUGUAACUUACAAUAAACAGCCUCUGUGUGACUAAA